GUACGACAGCCAUCUGCUUGCUUUUUUAUUUUUUAUUUACAUCGAUGAAAUGAGCCAAUGGAUUAGUUGGUUGGUAAACGCAAGGUGUAUCCCAGACUCGCAGGGAAUUCGCGUAUUUACGAGUGUCGAUCAUUGGCGUUGAUCACAUAUAAACUUUCUUUCCAGACCACGUUCGAUGAUUGUGGUACGGCUACUUUGCUGGCUCGUUUUCGUCCACAUUACUGGCAUCUACCUUUUCUCAAGAGGAUUUCUUCUCAGUCGACUGGCACUUCCCAACAAAUCUCAAGAAGAGCAAGCACAAUGGAACCGGUCCGCGACGCAUAAACGCGCUGUCCUUCUUGUCAUCGACGCCCUACGAUUUGAUUUCGUGUCAGCCCACCCACCGGACCCUCCCUCGCCGAACCACCACAAUAUCCUUACCCUCCCUCGAGAACUCACUGCAGCGCAUCCGCACCAUUCCUUCAUCUUCAAUGCAUAUGCAGACCCACCCACGACGACGCUCCAACGCAUCAAAGGUCUUACCACAGGCUCUCUACCCACCAUUGUUGAUAUCGGGGAAAGCUUUUCAGGAUCGGUCAUACAUGAGGACUCUCUGCUUCACCAACUAGGCAUCUCAGGACGCAAGGUUGCAUUUGUGGGCGAUAAUACUUGGCUUGCACUCUUUCCGAGUUUUCUUGACCACAACCUCUCGUACCCGUUUGACUCGUUCGACGUCGAAGACCUCCACACAGUCGACUCAGGUGUCAUCUCCCAUUUACCCCCCAUCAUACAGCAGAGCUCAGAACCAUGGUCACUUGCUAUCGGUCAUGGUCUUGGGGUCGACCACGUAGGACAUCGCGUCGGACCCGACCACCCCGCCAUGAAAGCCAAGCUCGAACAAAUGAAUGCAUUCUUGGGUGAACUCGUCCGUAUCAUCGACGAAGAUACGCUAUUGGUUUUACUUGGUGAUCACGGCAUGGAUCAUACGGGUAAUCACGGUGGCGACAGCAUCCUCGAGACUUCUUCCGCGGUUUGGAUAUACAGCAAGGGCGCACCUCUUUCGUCGUCUUUUGUGACCGCACCACCUGAAAUUCUACCUAAAACAACAUUUCCAGGGGAAAGCGUCCCCCAUCGUUUCAUCCAACAAAUCGAUCUCGUCCCAACAAUUUCGCUCCUCCUCGGUCUUCCUAUUCCGUUUAAUAACCUCGGCAGCAUAAUCCCCGAACUAUUCGACCGAGGGGACUCGAGCGUGGGAGAAGCCCUGGAGAUGAAUGUACACCAGGUUAAACGAUACUUGGACGUCUAUCGAGCAAGCGAAUCUGGUAGCGAACUGGAUAGUGUCUGGUCCACCUUGGUUGAUGCUUGGUUGGAAGCAGGCGACGCGCCACCCGAGAGUCGAGUCUCCACCCUAUUUGCAUUUAAUCGCCUCGCGCUAUCGAUGUGUCGUUCACUCUGGGCACAAUUCAGCUUAACGCUCAUGGGUGCAGGCCUCGUAGUGAUAUUCACAAGUAUCGUCGCUUCCUACGCAAUAUAUAUCAUUCUUGGGAGCUCAGGAGAGGAUCGAGCACAAAGACUAGAAAAGAACUUGCUCAGCGCUUUCAAGGUCGGUGUCCUGGGUUCGAUCGUCGGCGGUCUCGCGCAUCUACUUGUUCGGAAGUAUCUGGACGGGGUUCACGCCGACCAUCUCAUACUCUUCGGCGGUGCGCUCGCCUCAUCACCACGACUCACUUUUGAAAUGCUGAAGUCCACGCCGAUCCUCCUCACCCUCCACACUCUAUGCUUCGCGUCCAACUCCUUUACAAUCUGGGAAGAUCAUAUUGUCCCGUUCUUGUGUCUCUCGUCCUUGGCACCGAGCGUUCUUAUUGGAUUCACAGCUCCCACUUCGCGCCUUCGCGACCGCAUCCUCGGGUUUUCCACACUAUUUGCUAUAUGCGUUCGUCUCAUGAUGUUAAGUACUGUUUGCAGAGAAGAACAAUAUCCCUACUGUGUUGUCACAUUUUACGCGUCCUCGACUUCUUCUGCUCCCCCUGCCCUUGCGUUGGUUCUCGCACCCGUUAUGGCAGUGUCGAUACCCCGUAUCAUACGUCGCGUGUUGGCGAUUUCCAAAUCCGAUAACGGGAUCGCAGGUGUGUUUUUGCCGUGGACGAUAACGGCGGCGUUGCUCGCCGGAACAACGUUUUGGAUUGUUGAGUGGAUUCAUUCGAUGGAAUGGGUUGGAGAUGCAGGGAAUGUGUGGCUCAGGAAUGGGAGAACGGUGGUGGCGAGGGCGACGGUGGUGCUUAUGAUUUUUGGAGGCGUCGUGCUUUGGAAUGUCACCCCGGUGUGUUUGGAUAUUCAGAGAAGUGAGUGGCCGACGAAGAUGGUUGCGAGCAUUGCACCAGAGGCCAACGAAGCACCUCCUGACGUCAGGUUUAAACCCUCUUAUUCUGAGAACCCGGAUUCGGACGCACAAGUCACAGUCACUGUCUUGGGAUUUGCUAACGCCUUCGGUUCGCCCUAUAUCAUAUUAUGGUCGAUCUUCCUGAGUGUUGUAUGGCUCUGCAUGCAACUCACUGGACAGGUCGUGCUCGGCCUAUUCACCGUGGCGCUACUUGCUUAUUUGGAGGUCGUUGACAGUGUUCGAGAUGUCCGUGGAUUGAACGAGGCGUUGUCUAAAGGGUUUGUGUCCGCUGUUGGCACGCCUUCCGUCGCGCUCACGUACAAGAGGGAAGCCCAAUUUUCGGAGAUCGUCCCCCUCGCAUUUGUCUGGUUUCCAUAUUCCCAGAUUACGGUGAUCUUGAAUACUCUUGGUCCUUAUUUCCUCGCUGGUACUGCGGCCCCGCUUCUGGUGGUGUGGAAUCUCCCACCUCUCCCUCCUUCUUCUCCUGCUCUACCUGUUAACCAUCAGAAAAAUGUGGUACUGCCAGUCCUGAGAUCAUGCCUAGGUCUGGCAACUUACUUCAACAUACUAUUGCUGGGGAGUGCAGUGUUUGCUGGGGGGCUGCGGCGACAUUUAAUGGUGUGGAAGGUUUUUGCACCCAGAUAUAUGUUUACUAUUUUGGGGAUGGGGGCCUUGGACAUGGGUAUUGUGGUUGGCAUAUGGGGUGUGUGGAGGGUGAGAGGGAGCAUUGGGAGGUUGCUUAGAGGGGCUGAUGGAGUUGGUGCAGCUGUCUCAGGCAACUGACAUUCUAUGCUUGUAAGGUUUGAAGUCACCCUACCAAGGCUAGAUCACAUGGAUGUGUUUAGCCCUCUGCCAUAGCAGUAGCUAGUGUAUGCCAAGUAGUGAAUGGGACAUUCCAUGGGGUUAGUGGGACCUUCCAGAUAGACAUGGGACACUGUCAGAAACUUAGUUAAUAUUCAUACUGAGGAG